AUGAGAACACAAUAUCUGUAUGAUCUAGAUGAAUGGAAAGCCGUACACGAAGUGGUACGUCUGGUGUGCUUUCGAAUUCUUAUUCCUUGUGUGUGUGUGAUCGGAAUUACCACGAAUGUGAUGAACAUUGCGGUGCUUGCCAGACCGCGGAUGCGCUCCUCGACCAAUAUGUAUCUCCUCGCUUUGGCCAUAUGUGAUUUUAUCUACGGUUGUGUGCUAGCCGUGAUGUCAUUAAGAACUAUUCGCUUUUUAGAGUCCAGUUUUGCAUACAUGAACACCAUGCCUUUCCAGAUGGCGGUGGGAAAUUUUUGCAGUAACACUGCAGCCUGGUUAACGUGUGCAUUCACUAUCGAACGUUUCAUUGCUAUUUCUUCCCCGAUUUUGGCUAGAAAAAUUUGUACACGAAAACGUUGUAAAUGGAUUAUUACUGUCAUUAUUCUAUUCACCUUUCUGAUAACCGUACCAGAUUUUUUUAAGAUCGAAGUAAAACUAGCCAGUCCACGCCGUGCUCCUACGGAUAAUUGUAGUGAUACUGGGGAUGACAUACAGUCAGAGCUAGGAGCACGCUCGAUCCAUCUUCCAUACAUACUGACUGAAAGUGAUUUUGGUAAAAAAUUACGCAAUAUCGGAUGGUCAAUCAUUCUGAUUGUUUUGGUCUUUAUCAUUCCCCUGACAUUAUUGACUGUCUUCAACGGUUUGCUAAUCCGUUCGGUGGUGAAAACUUCAUUGAAACGAAAGCAUUUAAACGUGACUUCAAAGUGGGCCGGCAUUUCCACUGCGAGGCAUUAUUCUAACGCAAGAUAUCAUUCCAACUGGAUGAGGCAGGUCACACUGAGAACUUCAAUCCACAAAUCGGAUGAUACUUCAAUCGAGACCCCGAGCAAACAUAAGCAAUACAUUCAAGCAACCGAUGAAGGCCUAUCGACAAAUAUGUCCACAUUCACCUACCCAACGCUGGCGGACGACCGUGUGCAUCCGCAAAAUUCCUUCUCUGAUUCCGGUAAUAAGCAUGUUGAAGAACUGGAACACGAGGACGGGACUAGCCGCAAAUCGUCCAUAAUGGGACACAGAUCGUUCAAUGGUGAUCGAAUAAAAUGGGUCAGACGUGGUGGGCCUCGUCUGUCUGAGCGACAUCGUAUCACUGUGAUGCUGAUUGUCGUGGUGGUUACUUUCUGUAUAUUCACCAUGCCUAGUGCCAUCAUUCUGCUUGCCGCGGAGUUGCACACACGAGACAACGGGGUGAGGGAUAUCAAAUUCCGCAUUGCCGGUAACUUUGUGAAUUUGGCAUUAGCUAUUAACUCCUCCCUGAAUUUCUUUCUCUACUCCUGGCUGAGCAUGCGUUUCCGACGCACAUUUCACGCUUUGAUUAAGUGCCGAGAAUGA